UACAUUUGUGUUUCAAAGGAAGUCAAAAUUCAGAGACACAAAGACAGAAAAAGAGAGAGUGAGAGAGAGAGGAUGGAGAACUAUCGGGCUCGGGCUAUAUUGCUGCUAGUAAUUUUCAUUUUUCCGGCUUUGGUGGAGUGCGAGGUCCGUCUUUAUGAUUUCAGGGUAGUCCUGACGAACACAACAAAGCUCUGCUCAACCAAGUCCAUUGUGACCAUCAAUGGAAAGUUUCCAGGGCCUACUAUUUAUGCAAGGGAAGGCGAUAAUGUCAAUAUAAAGCUCACCAACCACGUCCAAUACAACGUCACCAUCCAUUGGCACGGCGUGAGGCAGUUGCGCACGGGCUGGUCCGACGGGCCAGCAUACAUCACGCAGUGUCCAAUACGGCCGGGGCAAAGCUAUCUCUACAAUUUCACUCUUACAGGCCAGAGGGGUACGCUUCUUUGGCAUGCACACAUUUCAUGGCUAAGGGCAACAAUACAUGGUGCCAUCGUCAUCUUGCCUCAGAAGGGCGUUCCUUACCCAUUUCCAAAGCCUGAUAAGGAAAAAAUCAUCAUAUUGGGUGAAUGGUGGAAAGCAGAUGUUGAAGCUGUGGUCAACCAAGCAACACAAACUGGCUUGCCCCCAAACAUAUCAGAUGCACACAUUGUUAAUGGCCAGACAGGGGCAGUUCCUGGCUGCCCUUCUCCGGGUUUCACAUUACAUGUUGAAAGUGGCAAGACCUAUUUGCUACGCAUUAUCAAUGCAGCACUAAACGAUGAGCUCUUCUUCAAGAUUGCAGGGCACAAUAUAACGGUUGUUGAAGUGGAUGCAGCUUACACUAAGCCCUUUAGCACUGACACAAUAUUUAUAGGUCCAGGCCAAACCACAAAUGCCCUAUUAACUGCAGAUAAAAGCGUUGGCAAGUAUUUAAUGGCUGUCUCUCCCUUCAUGGAUACCGUAGUUGCUGUUGAUAACGUGACAGCAAUCGCUUUCUUGCGCUAUAAGGGAACCAUUGCAUUUUCCCCACCAGUCCUGACCACUACUCCUGCUAUAAACGCAACUCCAGUAACAUCAACUUUCAUGGACAAUCUUCGAAGCCUGAAUUCAAAGAAGUUCCCAGCCAAUGUUCCAUUAACAGUGGACCAUUCUCUAUACUUCACUAUCGGUGUCGGGAUUGACCCUUGCGCAACAUGUGUCAAUGGUAGCAAGGCUGUGGGAGCUAUUAAUAAUAUUUCUUUUAUAAUGCCAACUACAGCUCUACUUCAAGCACACUACUAUAGCAUAAGUGGGGUUUUCACAGACGAUUUUCCAGCAAUGCCGCCAAAUUCUUUUAAUUAUACGGGAAAUAAUACGGCAUUAAAUCUGCAGACCAUCAAUGGGACUAGAACUUAUAGGCUGGCUUUUAAUUCGACAGUUCAACUUGUGUUGCAAGGAACCACUAUAAUAGCACCUGAGAGUCAUCCGUUCCAUCUUCAUGGAUUUAAUUUCUUUGUUGUUGGCAAGGGAUUUGGGAAUUUUGAUGCAGAUAAUGAUCCAAAAAAAUUUAAUCUGGCUGAUCCUGUUGAAAGAAACACAAUCAGUGUACCUACUGCUGGAUGGGCUGCGAUCAGAUUCAGGGCAGAUAAUCCAGGUGUUUGGUUUUUGCAUUGCCAUUUGGAAGUACAUACGACAUGGGGACUAAAGAUGGUAUUUGUGGUUGACAAUGGUGAAGGUCCAGACGAGUCACUACUACCACCUCCCAGUGACCUCCCCAACUGCUAGAGACUUCAAGGGGCUUUGAGACUAGAAAGUGAAGAGAGUAGUAUCGUAUAGUCUGAAGAUCUGGGCUCAAGUGCUCAAACAAAGAUUUGACAAAAGCUAAUAAACAGGAGAAAGUUGGGUUUGUUUUUUUUUUUCAUAUAGCAAAAGGAAGCUGCUCAGAAAGAGGGGAUAAAGCUGUAAAAGCUAGUCAUGUUUAUCUUUUUUAUUCUACUUUCAGGGGGGGAUUUGGCACUUUGAUUCCACUUGAAGCUAUUUGCAUGCUUGUGAUUGUUGCAUCAAUUGGGAGCAAUCCAACUUGAUGGUGUUUUGUAUUUAA